AUUCUCAUAUUUUAACAAAUCAUAGCAACAGCGGGCUAUUUUUGUUUAUUUAUUACCCACUGCCGCUAUCCAUUUGGUUAAUGACGCUCCUCAUGGCCUAACGCAGCUGGUCUUUUAUUUAAAAAAAACACACUACAUGGUUUUGAUUCAAAACAUCAAAAUGUUGUUUCAAUUUUGCCCAAGACUUUACUACGCUACGAAUUCAACAAUCAGAAUUAAGAUGAAGAAUGUGUGACCCCACACUGAUUUUUUGUCACUCAAACAAUUCUGUAUAGAGAAGCAUAUGCACAACAUAUAAGCCAGGCAAAAAAGGAGUUGCAAUCAACAUUAUAUUUCAGCUCAACGUCGAAUACUGCUGACACGCAUUAUGAGGUGACUUUAAAAAAUCUGCACAUCAAUAUUCUGAGCUAGGACGAAAAUAUUCUUGGUUCAAUUUCAAGGUUUUGUGGUAGUUGAGACCGCUGAUAUGUUUGUUUAUGUACAAAAAUUUUGAAGCGCAGUUAUAGUAGUGUGUAAAGGUAAUGUGAUAUUUUACAUCGGAACAGGUGCUAUUUUUCAAUUCUAUUGUAAAAUUUUUUCCUGGUUUUUUUAGAAGGAUUAAAAGAUUAUAAGCUCAAGUCAUGUCUGAAGCAGCAGGCGAUUUACACUCUAAUAUUGUAAGACUUCAUCAAUACGGUCCAAACGAAAAUGUUCCUAACCUCCCGACAUUUGACCCAUUAUGCCUUGCAGCUCAGGCUUAUAUGAAGUGCGCAUCUGUGCCAUUUGUAACGGUGAAUACGGACAAUGCUGAAACAUCACCAUGGAAAAAACUACCGUUCUUGUGCAUUUCCAGUGAGCGCUGUAUUGAAGGCACUGAAAUUAUCAAGGAAUUGAGUACGGCUGGCUAUGACUUGGAUAAGAAUAGUGGGAUUUCGCCGUCCACAAGCGCGGACAUACUUGCAUGGUCCAACUUAUUAAACCGUUCUCUUUAUCCGGCACAACUCUUUAACUGGUUUGGCGAAUUGUCAAAUUACGAACAUUUUAUGAAACCGAUUAUAUGCAGGGCUUAUUCUUUCCCUAUUCAUAUAUAUAAGGCCAAGACAAUUAGGUCAUCGGUUUUGAAAAUGCUGGCAGGCCUCGGCGUAGAUGAAAAGACUGGAUACGAGGAGGCCAAACGCAUUUAUGCUGCACUAUCGUCUCGAUUGGCAGAUAGAGAAUAUUUCUUCUCAGAUAGCCCAAGUUCGUUCGACUCUGUCGCAUUUGGCUACCUGGCCACCCAGCUAUAUGCGUCCAAUCUUCCAGUAAAUAACAUGUACAAGAUGCUAGCGCAACAUGGGAAUUUAGUCAGGUUCGUCAAUAACAUGUAUACAAGAUUUUUCCAAGGCGAGCCCUUCAUAGUGAAGGAGAUAGACCGAGCACAGCUGGUAGAAAAAGAGCUGCAAAAUGCUAAACAAGAGAGUGUUGACCAGGUGUAUCCAGAGAUGGAAGAAUUAAGUGCUCGUACUAUUGUAGCUCUAGGAAUUGGUAUAAUAACACUAUUUUUGUGCACACAAAACGUUCAAUUUUCGGUUUUGUGUCAAAUACUGAACAAAAAACUGAGCAGCGAUAGAGAUCAGCAACUCAUCCAGAGGCGCAAUGUGGACUACCUAGAUAAGGAGGAAACGGAUUCAUCCACAGACGACAGCGAAGACGAAGAAUAUGAAGAAGAGCAAGAAGAAGAGCAAGCUUUGCCUGAUUUGGAUAGCUUAGUUUACGAAUCUGAUUCAGAUGCGUACAUUGAGGACGACGGAGGCGAUUACGAUUUUGAUGAUAAAUACCUGGAACAUUACAACGAUAACACAUUUAUUUCCGACGAGGAAGAUCAAGAGCUAGAUGACGAUAGUGAUUAAAAAAUUCCUGAUACUGUAAAAAAAAUGGAAAAUUUUAAGUUUGGACGCAAAUGAAAAAACUAAUGUACAAAGCUUUCAAUCGAGGAAUGUUGCGUGAAUUGUGCAUGGGUUUACGCAAGAGAAAGUUUCGUGAUUGUGAGCGUAUCCCAAAAAAA